GAAAAAAUGGGACAAACAGCAGGGGUGAUCCGGGCCACCUCUCCGGGAAAAACAAGAGGACCCCUGCUGGAGUGCAGCCGCAAUGGAGAAGCCAACGCUGCCGGCGUUCGUUUACCGGAUCAGCACGGCCGACGAGUGGGCGGAGCUCCAGCGCACGGGCGCCACCCUCGGCGGCGACCUUGACCGCUCCACCGGCUGCAUCCAUCUCAGCGACCUAGGCCAGGUGAAGAUGACUUUAAAGAACUUCUUUCUUGGAAGGAAUGAUCUAUACCUACUACAAAUCGACACCUCCAAGCUUGCAGAUGGGAUAAUUUAUGAGGAAAGUGAUGAUAAUAAGUACUUUCCUCAUUUUUAUGGUCCUGGUCGAAGCUUUGUACCUCUUAAACUAGAUGCUGUUGUCAAGGCGGACAAAAUAGAGCUUGAGAACGAUGAUUUUACCUGCAGCCUACUUGACGGAAGUAAUCUCCCAUGCUGAUUUGUAGAGUUCGGCUUCUUUAGCAAUUUCCAUGUGAGUUAUACAUCCAGAAGGCACAUAUAAGAAAUGGCAAAUUGUAGCAUACAGUGUCAUCAAAGUCCAGUAAUCCAUAUGGUCUUCCUGGUGAAAAAUUUAAAUAUGGCCAUGGGAAGUUCAGAACUGUCCAGAAAUUUAUGUCAUCAACUCAUAUCCAGUUGGGACAUUAUGCUAAAGAAAAUAAGACACUGUGUCUUCUUGUAAA